AUGAAUGCUACAUUGACUGAAUAUCGAAUUGUGGGGAGCUGUAAUGGGCUGCUCUGCAUUCUCCAUUAUCAAAAUAUAAUAUUUCAGUUGUGGAACCCAUCCACUAGAAUCUCCAAGAAACUGCCAGAAAUUUCUAAUCCCAACUCUGGUGUUUGGAAUUUUGGGUUUGGUUGGGUUGAAUCGACUAAUGAGUAUAAGGUGUUUGUGACUGUGGUUCAUUAUUAUGAUAACUCCAAGGUUGGUAAAGUUUAUAGUUCAAAGACAAAAUCAUGGAAAACAAUUGAGCUAUCCGGUUAUUUACGUGUAAGUUGGGGAAGAGGGGUGUUUGCAGGUGGGAAGCUUUACUGGAAGAACGGACAUGAUAAAGUUAUUAUUUUCUGGGACUUGAAGAGUGAGGUGUUUGGAAGGAUUGAGCAUCCCUUUGAUCAAGAUGGCUUUGUGGGUGUGCUUGGUGGUUUCCUUUGUGUGCUAUGUUUUAAUUAUCAAAUUAGAGGCUUUCGAGUUUGGGUUAUGAAGGAGUCUUGGGAGAAAGUGGUUACACUUUCUCAUCUUCUUGAGCUUCUUCAACCACCAUUGGUGAAAGGUCUAAACGGAGAGAUUUUGGUAAAUUAUGGAUCCACUGUGGUGGUUGUUUAUGAUUGUCGGGAUAAUGUGUUCCGCAACCUCAAGUAUUGUUCCUAUUGUGAGGAUACUGGGUUCAGCAGCUACGAGAAUUGUGUCCAUUCUUUGUCAUAUCAAGUCUAUGUUGAAAGUUUAGUCUCGCCAGAAGAUUUAUGA